AUCCUGGCGGCAGAGAGCAGACUGACAGCAAGUAGAAUUCGUUGAUAGGAAGGAAGCUGUCCCUGCUAUUUCGCCGAAAGAAACAUUGCGUGUGGCGCUUUUCACCUGACUUCAGUGACGUAACGAAUUCUUCUAAUCAAAGUGAGUACCAGGUACAUUCUUGACACUGAACACAAACCAGCCUUACAAACAUUCAACAAACUUGCUACAUAAGAUAAAUGCUACACACUUAUUCAAGUCGGCAUCCAACGGCUCUUUGAAUGAAUAAUCGUAAAGCCGUUUAAACUUACAUAAAAACAAAACCUAGGUACUUAAAUGUCUCUGCUUGCUCUGUACUGAGAUUAUCUCUUGUGAGAUCUGCUGCAAUAGGCAAUAGGGUGAUCUCCCCUCCAGAAAUCGACAGUUUUUGUGUGUGCUUUAUUUUUUAUUUAAAAAAGAAAAGUUUUUUGAGACAUUUAUUUACUGGAACAAAAAAAAAUAAUCGCAUCAACUGAAAAAGCUUGCAACUAAGUAGCCCGUAUAAGCUUUCCCCUUCAGACAUUAAGCCUAAAAUUGUGGUAUCAUCAGAAAAUUUAAAGACUGGAACUUUGAGCUUGGAACCAUGUUGCUUAGGGCUGUGGAUAGCCUUGGCCUCAAGUGGAGACAGGGCAGGGGAGAGAACGCAACCUUUUGUACCCCGGUAGUGAUUUCACGAGUUACUGAUCUCGGUCAGGUCAUUCACCUUGACCUAUUGUUAGUGAUUAGUUAAAAAGUUCAGCAUCCACGCUGGAAUGUUUGAUGUGACAUCCACCGAAGACAGCUGUUUAAUCAUAAGCUGUGCUUGGAUGCACGUAUGAUAUGUCAUAAAUAGUCUUGAAAAAUCAGGAAUGAAGUAUAAGAAGCAAACUGUCACCCCAGGUAUCGUAUGAAUCUUUGUUCGCUCCUGUCUGUAAAAGGGGGGGGGGGCUCCAUAAAUAAAUAACCCAAUAAAAGGUUGCUGACCCCUGCGUGAUUAUAACUGGCCACAGCUUCACUCACACCUCCAUUACAGCUCCAGUCAUACUUGAAGAUCUAAGCAGAAAAGAUGUAUAACAACUUUUCAACAGGUUAUAUUAUAUUUUAACUAGGACAUUCGCGGAAGUCCCCCACAACAAUUACCCCAGCGCCACUACUCUAAUUAUCUCAGCUCUACUGUUACAUCACAGUGAUCCCAGCUUCACUAUUACAAUGAUCUCAGCUCUAGUACCACAAUUCCUUUAAUGUAAUUAUACCAGUAUCACUACUACAAUUAACUCAAAUUCCAAUACCCCCCCCCCCCCCCCCCCAAAAAAAAAAAAAAAAAAAUAAAAAAAAAAAAAAAAAUUUUUUUAAAAAAAAAAAAAAAAAAAAAAAAAAAAAAAAAAAAAAAAAAAUCCAAAACCCCCCCCCCCCCAAACCAAAAAUAAAUAAAAAUAAAUCAUAAUAAUAAUAAUAAUCUUUUUAUAAAAUAAAUAAAUAAAUGAAAAAUGAAAAAAAGCGAAUUCCACACAAGAUCUUGAAGACUUCAGUGGCAUGUUUAGUACCGGUAUCAGCAUUGUUUUCACUACGUGUCUAGCAGUCAAAAAAAACUUAAGAGUCUUACACAACCCUUUCGAUUGCAUUGUUGAUGAGCUGUCAAAGGAAAUUCAAAUGGAAGUUUCAAUCUGCAAAUCAAUGAUUUGGCGAAAGUCAGACACAACCAAGGAAAACGGAAAGACUUGUUUUUUUCAAACUGGUUUUUGUGUGAUCCAUUUAACAGUGGUUUUUUGGGGCAAUCCUUAUGCUAAUUUAAAAGUGGCUCUUGAGUGAUCCAUUUGCAAAAUUUUAAAAGUGGUUUUGGGAUGAUCCUUAUGCUAAUUUAAAAGUGGCUCUUGGAUGAUCCAUAUGAUACUUUUAAAAGUGGCUCUUGUAUACUCCAUUUGCUAAUUUAAAAAUGACUUUUGGGGGAUGACCCUUAUGCUAAUUUAAAAGUGGCUCUUGUGUGAUCCACGUGCUAAUUUUAAAAGCUUUCGCUCGUGAUUUUAAACAUUCCUUGGCACUAUCCACUUGUGUGAGGAGACAUUUCUAAGAAAUGAAACACGUGAAAUCAAGUAUCAGACUAGGCUUAUCUGAAAAGCACUUGUAAGCUCUGGUUGAAAUAAUAAUAUGGAGCACUGACUAUUAGCCGCAACUAAAUUUCUUGUCAGAGCAGAACAAUCUUAAUGCAUGUCACUUAGGUGAAAAGAUGAUUGUAGAAUUUCAAUGUGUUCCAAAUACUUAAUGUGAGUCUCCGUUAAAUUUAUGGAAUCUUUGUCAGAAAUCUGAAGAGCUCCGAUUUCUCUAUUCUCACUACAUUUCGACAUGGAAAUAAACGUGUGUCGCACAUUUCGUACAAAGUUAAUUUGGUUUAGAGAUUCUGAUCACAGAUAUAAGCCAGCUUGAUUUUAUGACAUAUCCAUCCAGCCCUCGUCCAAUAAAUAAAUAAAAAAUAAAAAAUUAAAAUAAUAAUCUCUGGUCCAAACCACUGAGGAAUAGUUCUGAUAACGACGAUUAUGUUAGGGCUACUAUUAGCACAAGGGAAGGGUGUGACCAUUAGCCAGAAAUGUCAUCCUGACCCUGCGGUUUGAAUAGAUCCUUAAAAGAAUGAUAAUCGUUCGUUUUUUGUUUCCAAACAUGUGUAAGCUGUUCUGAAAAAGUCGAUUCUGUAAUAAGGUCUACGAUACCAGAAGCUGUAUGCCACUGAUCAAGUCACCACCAUCAACAAAGUGGGGCAGGUCAAAGGUUGAGGAAUUCGUCAGUGUACAUGAUUAGUCAUGAAACUAACCUCGGUAGUGCAAUGUUAACCAAGCAUCAUUGCCUAUACUUUAACUUUUUAAAAACAUUAUAUCUUAUACAACAAUUAUAUCUUAUAAACAACUAUAUCCUGUACAAUAACUAUAUCUUAUACAACAAUAUAUAUAUAUAUAUAUAUAUUGUACAACAACUUUAUCUUAAGGAGCAACUAUAUCUUUUAAAACAACUAUAUCUUAUACAACAACUAUAUCUUAUAAAACAACUAUAUCUUACACAACAAUUAUAUCUUAUAUCACAACUAUCUCUUGUACAUAAUUAUAUCUUAUAAAACAACUAUAUCUAAUACAACAAAUAUCUCUCAUGUAACAACUAUUUCUUAUAACAACAACUAUAUCUUAAAUCACAACUUAAUCUUAUAUAACAGCUAUAUCUUAUACAACAAAUAUAUAUUGCACAACAACUAUAUCUUACACAACAACAAUAUCAUGUACAACAAAUAAUAUCUUAUACAACAAUUAUAUCUUAUAUAACAACGAAAUAGUGUACAACAAUUAUAUCUUAUAAAGCAAUUACCAGUACAUCAUAUGCAAAAAUUAUAACUUAUAGGAAUAUAACUUAUAAAAUAAUCAGACUUUCAUAAAACAUUAAAAUUUUAUAAAACAUCAGACUUUUAUAAAUCCAUCAGACUUUCAUAAAACAAUCAGACUUUUAUAAAACAAUCAUAAUGUAUUCAACAAUCAUAUCUGUUGAAACAACUAUAUCGUAUACAACAACAAUACAAACAGAAGAAUGCCCUCGUAGGUCUGUCUAGAACAGUAGUUCUUAAUCUGUUGGUCGUGAUCCCUGCUGGGGGGUCGAACGACUCUUACACAGUGGUCGCCUUACGCCUUAGACCACCGGAGAACACAAUGUAUAUUUAUGAAGAAGUUGCGGAAAUAAUUUUAUGGAUUGGGGGGUGACCACAACAUGAGGAACUGUAUUAAAAGGGGUCGCGGCGUUAGGAAGGUUGAGAACCACUGAUCUAGAGCAUGGAACAGCGUCCUCUUAAAAACUCACACUCAAUAUUUCAUCACGUCACUAUUUCUUCACAUCACUAUUUCUUCACUUCAUGAAGGAAACAGCAGAGCAAUGCUGUGUGGAGGCUUGACAUAGAAAGACAGGGCGAUACAGGAAGAACGUUUCUUGUAUUGUCCUGUCUUUUCUCUUGCAAGCGUCCACGUACUGUAUUCUGCCGUCUCCUUCACACAGCUUGAACGCAAUUCUUCAGUUCUUAUACAUCGAGGAAUGAGUUUUUUGUUGUUUUUUUAAAACAGUUUGUAGCGGAGUGAGUGAAUAAAAAGUAAAGCAUUCGAUUUAUGAGGGGAAAAAAAUGGAAUAUACAUGGCGUAGCUUGUUAGUUCAUAGAGAAUGUACGGUUUCAAAGAGUUGUCUGUCGGGUAACACAGCCAGUAAUGACCAGACACAAGCUAUUGGCGGUAAUGACAAAGGUUGCCGCUGGUCAAUUAGAAGACUACGUUUCAGUGUGCUGGUAGAAAACUAUGGCCAGAGAAGAUUACGGUCAGUGGUGGUCAGUCCAACGUAUUUCAAACAACAGUCUGGUUUUUGUUCUUGGUGCCAAAUAUAUUGUUUCUGUGUGUCAAAUGUCUCGUGUCUUCGUGCCAACUGUCUUGCGUCGUUGUGCAUCAAUUAUCCAAAUCAACCAAAGGCAGGGUCUCUAAGAUGUUAAAACCCACAAGAUGCCAAAGAACUUGAAAGUCGCAAACAUUUGACAAAACAACACCAACAUCUCAUUAUUUUGGUCUAACAUCCUCAGAUGCUGUCCUCCGUAGCCCUCAGAUAUCUCCUGGUCCUGUCCCUGGCGUUCUUGGCAGUUGUCACGUCCUCAAGAACCCAAUCCAGGUUCGCGUCGUAUGAGCUCAUGGGGACUGAGGGCACAGAAUGCGUCACCACUAAAACGAUUUCACAAAUAUGCUAUCAGGUGAGCGACUGUAGGCGCGGCGAAAAGAUCUUCACAAUUAUGCUAUCGGAUAGACUAUUGUAUGGAAGUCAAGCGAAUCAUGUUCUUAAAGUCGUGUGUCUGUCUGGAAGUCAGUGCCGGCUCAACGUACCGGCAACUCGGGCAGUUGGCCGCGGUACCGUGUGCUUAGGGCGCCAUCAACGAUUGCAUGUGGGCGCAAUGGAAGAAGAAUAGAAAGUGAAAAGAAAGAAUAGAAAUAAAAAGAUUUGCUAAUCUAAAGGCUAGUAAUAAAAUAUCAUCGGUAGGCUAAUUGUUCGUAUUGCCCACGGUAGGAUAAUUGUUCAUACUGCCCAUGGUAGGCUAAUUUUUCAUACUUUCCACGGUGGGAUAAUUUUUCAUACGGUCAAAAUACAAGUUAGACAAACAAUAUUAUUGUUCAAACGAAAAACCUAGGUAAUACAAGGUAAUAAACCCAUUAACUUUGAAAAACCUAGGUAAUACAAGGUAAUAAACCCAUUACCUAAUCCUUGGCGUUUUCCUUGCAAAUUAAAAAAAAAAUUAUUACGCUUAAAACGUGCGCCAACGUUAAGCUUGGCCAGGGCACCAGCAACCGUAGGGCGGGGCCUGCUGGAAGUAUCACUUUAAAAAACUAACUUUUAAAAAAAAAGAACAGCAUUUUCAAAACUUGCAGUUGCAAACCCUUUUAAGCAUUCUCGCAUAAAUAUCAAGUUUGCUCAAGAUAAAUACUACACAACGACGCGAAAUGGAUCAGUUGGGGAAUUCAAAUAUGGGUUUCAGGAUGAUUAUUUGCCAUAAUGAGACGAAAAUAGAUUGUAUGUUUCCAUAGGUCAGAUGAUUCGCUGUAAGAUUUUACGAUAGGAUUAACGAUUGGAACACGUUUGGAAGUCAAGUGUCGACAAUAAAAUCGAAUGUGGAAAUUAAUGACCAAGGGUGAAGAGUUUGGUGUUUGUCUAAUCAUCUUUAAGUCGUGGCACAUUGGCUUCGAAAUUAUAUGUGAAACCAUUUUCACCAGGAAUCUACCGUUUGCAAAGGGCAUCAAACACCCCAAAUGGCUAAUGGCUAAUCUUGUGAUGACGUAGGGGGAUAUUUCCUGGUUUGAUGUCAAGGACGACUUCAUGACCACCACCCCACCCCACCCCCCCCCACACACACACACACCACCACACACAUUUUAUAACACGUGCGAAAUAACAAAAACAUUUGAUGUUCUCAAUUUAAAAAUGGAAAUGCACUUAGCAAAAAUUCAAGUAUUCACAGCAUAAAAAAAAAAGUCGUAAAAGACCUUUACAUUUGAAGUUACACAUUUUUGUUAUAGGGAAUUUUCAUUUUCUUCUUUCGUAGUAUAUUUCAAGACUUUUGACAAUUCGUUAAUUUGCGAAAUGACAUUUUUACUAAUUUAUUUUUUAAAAAAAAAUCGUUCGAAUGAUGUCAACCCCACUUCCCUCCACUUUUCAGGAAUCACCCCCCCCCCUUUUUCCUCAAGUCUGCACCGUGUAACUCUUAACUAGGUCAUACAGAACUGCUAAUAGUUUGUUGUGUAAAUCAAUUAGGUCAUACAGAACUGCUAAUAGUUUGUUUUGAAAAAUAACUAGGUCAUAAAGAACUAGUUAUAUUUUGUUUGGUAAAUUAACUAGGUCAUACAGAACUGUUAACAUUUUGUUUUUUUAAUUAAUUAGGUCAUACAGAACUACUAAUAGUUUGUUUGUAAAUUAACUAGGUCAUACAGAACUGCUAAUAGUUUGUUUGUAAAUUAACUAGGUCAUACAGAACUGCUAAUAUUUUGUUUUGUAAAUUAACUAGGUCAUACAGAACUGCUAAUAUUUUGUUUUGUAAAUUAACUAGGUCAUACAGAACUGCUAAUAUUUUUUUUGUAAAUUAACUAGGUCAUACAGAACUGCUAAUAGUUUGUUUGUAAAUUAACUAGGUCAUACAGAACUACUAAUAGUUUGUUUGUAAAUUAACUAGGUCAUACAGAACUACUAAUAGUUUGUUUGUAAAUUAACUAGGCCAUAUAGAAAUGCUAAAAAUGUAUUUGUGUACAACUAGGUCACGAUGCAGUACAGUCAAUUUCACCAGCGAUCAACAUAAAAAAGUUUGCGGUACAACUCUACCUCACUAAAAAUAACUAUUUGUGUGCUCAAAUAGUGUGGUACAACUCUACCUCACCAAAACUAACUCUUUGUUUUCUCAAAUAGUGCGGUACAACUCUACCUCACUAAAAAUAACUAUUUGUGUGCUCAAAUAGUGUUGUACAACUCUACCUCACCAAAACUAACUCUUUGUUUUCUCAAAUAGUGCGGUACAACUCUACCUCACUAAAAAUAACUAUUUGUGUGCUCAAAUAGUGUUGUACAACUCUACCUCACCAAAACUAACUCUUUGUUUUCUCAAAUAGUGCGGUACAACUCAUCCUCACCCAAACUAACUCUUUGUGUUCCCCAACAGUGUGCUACAAGACACGAAGACAGUUUUGUACAAGUUUACCAGGAAUGUUGCAAGAAGGAAAUGGGUCUGAGAGAGUACUGUGAGGAGAUCUAUACCGAGCUGCCCAUUCGAAGUGGACUCUGGCAGCCCAACAAAUAAAGGACGUCAACAUGGGCUUUAAUACAUCUAAAAAACAACACAUCAUUAAGAAAUUUCGUCUGUUGAAUUGUAAGCUGAUGUUAAAGACUAAAUAAACAUAAAUAACAAAUAUCUC